AUGCAGCAGCAAGGGGAAAGGCAGGAGGAAGAGCCCAAAGCUGCAGCCACGGACGGAGGGUGGGCAUGGGGAGUGGUGUUCCACUUCUUCCUGGUCAACGUACUGGUCAUGGGGAUGCUCAAGACCUUUGGGAUUUUCUUCGUGGCUUUCCAAGAGGAGGUGGGGGGCUCGGCCGAGCAGCUCAGCUGGAUUGGCUCCAUCAUGUCCUCCCUCCGCUUCUUAGGAGCCCCACUCGUGGCCGUGGUCUGCAGGAGGCUGGGUGAGAGGCUGACCUCCCUCAUCGGGGCCAGCUUGGUGGGAGGGGGCUGUCUGCUCAGCACCCAGGCCACCAGUGUCCCCUUCCUCUGCGUCUCCAUGGGACUCCUCCUGGGUCUGGGCUUCUCCUGCCUGUACCAGGCGGCGGCGGUGGCGACUGCCCGGGGCUGCAGGGCUCGGCUGGGGCUCUCCAAUGCCAUGGCCCGCUCUGGGAUGGGGCUGACCUUCCUCCUGGCUCCCUUCACGCAGCUGCUCAUCCAGUUUUAUGGCUGGCAAGGCACUCUCCUGAUUUUUGGGGGCAUCAUGUUAAACCUCAUCCCUUCCAGCAUGCUGCUGCCACCCCCCAGCACCCAGCCACCUCCACUCUCUGCUAGGAACCAAGCCCCUGGGUCCACAAUGGCAAAGAAGGAUUCAGAAACCCUGGAAGAAAACACUCAGAGGGAAACAGAGCUUCACAGUGACCUUCCCACCACGGAGAGACUGCUGGAGAACCCUCCCCUGGAGAGCUGCUCAGCAGAAACAGCCACGAGGGCCAAGAGCUGCCACAAAGCCCUUCCCCUGACUGGAAAAGGAAGGUCAGAGCCUCUCCUCGACCUCUCCCCACUGAAGGAUCCCAUCUUCUUCAUCUUCACCUGGUCGUUCCUGUUCAGCCACCUGGCUUACUUCGUGCCCACCUUCCACCUGGUGGCAAGAGCCAGGACUCUGGGCAUCAGCAGCAUGGAUGCCUCUUACCUUAUUUCAGUGGCUGGCAUCACAGAGACCCUCAGCCAGCUGCUCUCAGGCUGGGUGGCCGACCAGAACUGGACCAAGAAGUAUCACUACCACAUGGCUUACCUGCUCCUCGGGGGCAUCACCAACCUGCUGUGUCCUCUGGCCACCACCUUCCCCUCACUGAUGACCUAUGCAGUGGCCUUCGCCGUGUUCUGCGGGGGGUUCAUGGCUCUGGUGCUCCCUGUGCUG